UUAUUUAUAAACAAAAAAAAAAAAAAAAAAAUUAAUAAAACCUCUCUCACAUUCAUUCACCUAUCUUGGAUUCUUUGUUUAUUCCUCAUCAACCAACAUAAUAACUAUGUCUUCAAGUGGUGGUGGUAGUAGUGGGAAGGAGUUAGUAGAAGGAUCAAGCUCACCAACACUUAGCCGCUAUGAAUCCCAAAAGAGAAGGGAUUGGAACACUUUUGGGCAAUACUUGAAGAAUCAAAGACCCCCAGUUCCACUAUCACAUUGCAAUUGCAACCAUGUCUUGGAUUUUCUAAGGUACCUUGACCAAUUUGGUAAAACCAAGGUACACAUCCAAGGGUGCAUGUUUUAUGGGCAGCCAGAGCCGCCCGCACCCUGUACUUGUCCUCUUAGGCAGGCCUGGGGUUCCCUAGACGCCCUGAUAGGGAGACUCAGGGCUGCCUAUGAGGAGAACGGUGGAUCUCCUGAGACUAAUCCUUUUGCAAACGGCUCUAUUCGUGUUUACCUCAGAGAGGUUAGGGAGUGCCAAGCUAAGGCUAGGGGUAUCCCUUACAAGAAGAAGAAGAAGGUCGCCGCCGCCACCACCAGCCAAGGAAGCAGUAGUAAGGGAAAUUGUGAUGAUUCAUCACCCUCCACCACCAUGCACUACUCUUGAAUAUUUCUUCAAUUCCUCCUUCCUUCAUUACUUGAUGGAUAUAUAUGUAUGUAGCAUAUAAUCAAAUUGGAGGAGUUCUUCUUUGCAAGCUAAGGCACACUCUAUGUAUGCAAGGUUUAUUAAUAAUAUAAAUAAUAAAUAAUAUAAUGUAGCAUAUAAUCAAUAUAGGAUGAGGUUCUUAAUUCACAAGGCACAAUCUAUGGGAGGUUUGGUCUCUAUGUUUAAUAA